AUGGAGCGAGCGCACGCGGCACCACCUGGAGGGGCGGAGGCGCUUCUGCUCCCCAGCGACAGCGUGCGGGGGAGACGCCGAGAGGCGGCGCGAGAUGGACACCCGCCUCUGCCAUCCUCCUUUGGGCUUUUGCGAUCCACUUCCUCCCUGCCGCUCCCAGCCUCCACGCCUCCUCUUCCGCCUUCGCCGCUGGGCGUCGCGCUUGCUCCGCUUCGCCCCUCUCUCUUCCUCGCUCCCCCAGGCGCGCUGCCCACGCUGCUGCUGCAGUCCGCGCCUCGCAGAAAGCCGCUUGUGCUGCUUCAGCCGCGCGCCGCAGGCUUUCCUGCGGCCGCCGGUCGGCUGGGCGCGGCAGGCGACUCCGCCGCCGAGCGCGCGACAUACAGUCUCUCAGGGAUGGGGUCUGCUGCCGUCGGGUCUGUACGCGCGGGUGUCUCUUCACGGAGAAGCAGCGAGGGGGACAACUGCAGCGGGCGCUCUCCAGCGGAAGCGUCGCGCGGUGCCGAACGUCUCUCGCGUGCGCAUGCGGCUCCUUGUGCUUCGCACGUCGCCGCGUCGCUCUCUGGAGGCGCCGCCACCUCCGCUUCCUCUCCGCCUUCGAGGCGCGCGUCGCCACUGGAUGCCUCACCCGCCCGCGUCUCCUCGUCGCGCGCCUCGGGGUCGACUUUCUCGACACCGCUGUCUUCGGCAGUCGGCGUCUCGCUUCCACCGUGGCCUCCGCUCUCUGUGCGCUGCCAUCCUUCGCACUCGUGCGUCUCUCCGUAUGUGCCCUCCUCGCUCUCGUCUUUUUUGAACCCUUCCUGCGCUUCCUCUCCUCCCUCCGCGUCCUUGGUCUCUGCAGCGGUGUCGUCGCCCGGCGCGCUGCCGGCGCUAGCGCGCUGCGCAUCGAGCGCCGCUUCAACGCCCGACGGCGAUUCGCUCUCGCCGCUGUCGCCGCUUUCUGCCGUUGGCGCGCCAGAAAACGACGCUCCAACUGAGCGCGAACGGCUUCUUGCAGCCGCUCCCCCGCGCGCGGCGACGCGGUUAGCGCACUGGGAACCUCCAGGCUCCACGCCGAGGGACGCCCCGACAGCAGACGCCUCUGUCUGUUCUCAGCCCGAGACCAGGCGCCGUGAGAGGCCUUCAGCGAAGGCUUUGCGUCGCUGCGCUCCUUCUCCUCUCUCGUGUUCAUCGCCAUCGCCGUCCGCUCGGCAGUCUCCCUCGACGGGGCCCUUCUCUUCGCACACGCCUCCUGUCUCGCCCGCCGCUUCGCCGGAGAGCGCCGGUCCCCUGCCCUGCGUGGAGGCCUUCGCCUCGUCGCCUGACGUCAUUGCGGCGGAGCCUCCGUUCGCGCUGUAUCCCGAGGGAGGCUCCUGUCCCGCCACCCCGGUCGUUCAGUCUUCGGAUGCCGCGCCGGCAAACGACUUUGCGGGCAGCGUCGCCUCCUUCGCCGUCUGCUCGCCUACCGCCCCUUCCGGGCAGCCCCCUCCCGAGUCUCCUUCUUCGGAGCCCUCUGUCUCCUUGCGCGCCCGGAGCGCGCAGUCUCGGCUCGCCGCUUCACUGUGCGAGCUUUCUCCGGCCUUGCACCGCGCGCGAGAGUUGGUCUCAGCCUGCGCGCGGGAAUGCCGCGCCGCCAGGCUGCGUCGAGCCUCGGAGAGAGAGGGCGAGGGAGGCAGAACCCGCGCGAGUGUGGAGACUUUGGCGAACAGGCAGAAGGAGAAGGCGACACCCCGAGCGACGGCGCGGCGCGCGCGAGAGUGCUACCUGGAGCGCCUCGUCCUCGCCGGAGGACAGGCGGCGCGGCGGGCGGCCGCGGCGCUCGCGGGGCGCCCACAGGAGAGGCGGGCGCGUGUGACCGGAAACGCUGCGGAAGAGUCGCCCGAGGCACGAGAUCGUGCGGACGAAAAAGGAGAGAACCUCGAGGUGCGAGAGAGCGUGAAGGAGGGGGAAGGACGCGGAGAAGGAGAGGAAGCGCGAGCUGGGCGAAGGCCGGAAUCGAGUCGGGGCGCGGCAACAAGUGCACAAAGCGGAGGCGGGGCGGGCGCCUGGCUAGUGCCGCAGAGACACGCGUCUUCCCGGGAAGCAGACGAAUUGCGGAGUGCCCUCGACGAGACUCUAGCGGGACAUACCGCCCAUCAAGGAGAAGACGGCGAAGCGGAGAGACAACUGGAUGAGGAACGGCGCGUCUCACCGCACCGGCGGCUGCAUCCACGAAGCGACUACACAAAACGCGGAGGAGGGAAAGGCAGGUUGAAGCGUCCCGAGCCCCUUUCGGUCUUCCUGUGGAAGAGGGAGCGUUUACACGACGCGCAGAGGUCCUGCCUAGAGGAGGAAGAGGAAGAGUGGCUCAUCACGGGCGGGGGACUCGAGAGCUCGAGCGCCGCCUUCUGCGGGCGUCGCGUCUCCUCGCCGUCCGCCUCAGAGGGAUCAGGCCGCUACCCCUUCGAGGGUUACUCCUCUUCGCCCUCGGAGACUCUGUCGCCCGCCGCAGGGCCGCAGGCUGUUUUCGCCUGUCCUCGAACGUCUAUUCGCCCUCCCUCGCUGUCUCUCUCUUCGCACUCCUCCAGGUACCUCCCAUCGUCGUCGGCGAGACGAGUCGCUGCCCGCGUCUCAUCUCCUCUGUCGUACUCUGGCGGUUCAGCGCCGCUUACGCCGCUCUCGCGGUCGACCUGCAGUCCGGAUCGCCCCCUGUCUCCUUGCGUUUUGUCUUGUUGUCCAAGCGAGGCUGCCGGCGCUACCACACCCACCGGCUGGCUGCUGCAGAGUCGAAACUGCCAGCAACGAGGCGGCUUACGAAGGACAGGCGACUUGCAAAGCUCCAAAAAACACGAGAGCGACUGCGACGGGCAGCGAGAAGAGGACUGCGCAGAGCUCGCCGAUGCUGCGGAAAAGAGAGGAGCGGAGAGUAUGAGGAGUGGGCGCAGGAAGAAGGACGAGGAGUCUGAACGCAGAAGAAAAGAUUGGCUAGAAGGCAUCGAAUCCGCCAGACGUGAUCGAGAGGAAACAACAGAACGAAAGAGACAGACAGGCCAGCCUGAAGGGGUCCGCAUCUUCAGGCCAAGGGAGCACGAAAGAAACGGCAGCAAAGCCACAAAGGCUGAAGGCGAUGAAACCUUUGAAGGCCUGAGACGCCGUAAAGGAGAGAGGCGAGACGGGGAAGCCUCGCGGGAAAGGAAAGGUCAGCACGGCACGAAAACAGAAUACCACCCCGGGAGAUGCGAGGCGGACGGAGAUGCGAGAGGCGGACCGCGACAGCCACACGCGCGAAAGAGACACGGUCGUGCCCAGCCAUCUCGAGGCUGCGUCGAUGCUGCGGAGAACGGAGAGGAAGGGCGACAGCCUGUAAAGCAAGGAGAGCGGCUGACGGAGAUGCGUCUUGGGAACAGCCGCGGAAAAGACGUCUUGAGAUACCGGCGCGCUGCUGAAGAGGACGCCGAGGAAGGAGGAAACAGAGAAAAGAGCAAGAGGCAAAGAAAACGCGGCACUCAGCGAGAGCAUACGAGCGCGACAAACGACCUUACGACGAAACGAAGAGAUCAAGAAACGGCCGACGGCGUCCAGACUUUUUGUGCAGUGGACGAAGUGACUGCGCGCGGCAAUGGACAUCUGGAGCCCGGAAGUCAAGGAGGCGAGAAUCGUGGGCUGGGCGCGGCGCGUGAGAGAGACAGCGAGAACGGAAAGCAGAGAGACGAAUCGAAGCACCUGUCCCCGGAGGUAUCAGACACAGAAGCCACAGGAGACAGUGAGGCUGUUCAAGCCAGCGAAGCCCUGAAAAAGGCCGCGGAGGCGGAGACUAAGACAGAUCCCAGCAGGGUACACGCUGACGCCUGCGACUGUUUUGAAGCCGAAAAGAGCGGCUGCAUCGUCAAGCAAGCGCCUUACCGCGCAAAGAAGAAGAAAUCGCGGGUUCCCAAGAGCUGGAUAGAGAGCGAGGAGACGGCGGAGAAAGACGAGGGGGUACUACCGGAUUUGAGACAACUGGCGAAAACUUACACGCGCGCGAGGAGCUGGACUUCGCACGGAGACGCGUUGCCCUCUAGCUCGUCUCAGCAGCCAGAAGAGACGACAAACCCCUGGCACGAAGGACGCAGCAGAGCUUCUCCGACGGGCGCAGGAGAGAGAAGGGCGCCUCCUCUGAGCGCGCGGAGUAAGCAGUCCACUGUGUAUGACUCGACGCCAUCUUCAGCCGCUUCGCAGCGCGUCGUUUCCCCUGCCGCGUUUGUCUUGUCGCCGUGCUCCUCGCCUUGCCAGUCUGCUUUCUUUCCUUCCUCGUGUAGUUCUCUCUCAGAGCCGGAGGCCGAGGCUGCGUGUGAGACUCACGAGGAGGGAGGAAAGCGGCGAAUCAGCAGACGUGGAGGAACAGCGACGGCGCAGAACGUGCAGGAUAAAAAUGCAGAUGAGAAGGCGGUCAGAGGGGAGGACGCCCCGCAGAACUCCACGCGGAAGAAGGAGAAAAGGAAAUGGAAGUCGUCGCUGCGACAGGAGAGAUGCCUACGGCAGGAUGCGGAGCAAACGCGUGCGGAGCUGACGGCGCGCCUGAGGGAGAUGCAGCGCGACUUGCUUCACUCUUCGGCGCGCCUGCGAGGAGACAGGCUGCGACAGCGACAGCUGGAGGAAGAAAACGAGAUGCUCUUCAACGCUCUCAAGGAGUCUCGCCUGCUUCUCAAAGAGGAGUCCGAUAGAGUUCGGGCCCUGGAGGAAGCUGCGCAGGCGUCAUCUCGCCUUCCUCCGGCUAUUCUCGAUAUGCAAGCGCACACACAGCGACUGGAGCAAGCUGCAGCAACUCUCAAUGGUGCGUCUCUCUUUCCCGCUUGGUUUUCUUCUACUGAUUGCAUCAAACACAACUAUGCCUUUCGCGCUUCCUCUUGCGCGGCCCUGGCUGUUCCCGCUGCAGCGAGCCUGCGAGAGGCACACGCCCGCCUCGCCGUGGAGACCUCGCGCCGCCGAAAGGCAGAAGCUCUGCUUCUCGAGGCACGAGAGGCGCUGGAGGCCAGAGACCGAGAGAAGCAGCCGCGGAACCGAAAAGCGCCGAAGCCCGCGCGCUUGCAGUCUUUCUCGACCUUCUUUCCAGUACCUGCUGCCGCGCAACUGGAGCCGACCUUCCUGCUUGCGCGCCCGUCUGCUUCUCCCCGUUCUUCGUCGCCCUCCUCUGGGUCUUCGCGCUCUCCAGGACCUUCGCCGCCUCGCCCGGCUAAGCGGGCGUCUUCUCCGUUGGCGGUAGACACCGCCACUCCAGGGGGGGCGGCGGUUUUUCAAGCGUCUGUCUAUUCUUCUCCUGCUUCCCGAGCGCGGUACGUUUCUCUCGUUUUUCCGUCGUCCUCUUCGUCCUCGGCAGCUGCGAAUGCCGCCGCAGGGGCGCGGGCGUCUCGCCGUCGCACUCGCCCCUCGCGCGCUUCGCCUCCGCCGCCGCACGCAGUUGCGAAGCUCCAUGCUGCCGAGGAAGCUGAGCGGGCGGCAGAGGAGAAGGAAGACAACCCAAACGAAGCGAGAGAAGAAGCCGCACGCGACGAAGACGUGCGACAACGGGAAGGAGGCAACGGAGAAAAGCGUAGGGCAGCAUACGAAAAGCCAGACACAUCCGAGGAAAAUGGACGCGGGGAGCAGAACAUCCCCACUGUAGCCAGACGAGCAAAUGAGGAGGAAGUCGAUGAGGGUGAAGAACGGAGGACGGAUGCGGAACGCCUCGAAGAAAUCGAAGAAGACCCUGCUGCAAGGAAGAAGGACGAAGCUGCUGACGCAGGCGGAAGAACACUGCUGGCAGAGGGAGAAGAGGACGACGCUAGGGACGAAGGCGCCGAGGAGAGACGAGGCGAGGCAGAACUCGCAGCGCAGGGUUCCGACACAGGAGAUACGGGCGAGGGCUGUUUUCCCGCGCUGGGACCUGAGGAGAGUGACUUCGCACUGGGGAGAGAGGCAGCGAGUGAAGAAGACGGCAGCACGCAGAAGAGAACGCAGGCGAGGGAGACAAGACAGAUAGCGGGCAAGCUUGGGCGCAGAGCGCGCCAACAGGCUUCAGCCGAACGAGAAGAGCUCAGUGCGGCGGAGCUCGAGACAGAAACGCAGAGACAUGCCCAUCGAAGUCGCAUUCCUGCUCCCACGGAGACUGCCGUCGCGUGCGAGGCCGCGCCACGGGUCGAACCGGGAAGCGAUGUUCGCGCGCGAGGCAACGGGGCUUCGCGGCGCGAGACUAAGCGAAGCGAAGGAAACAUCGAGAGGCCACGAGGCAGCAGCAAGGAAGCACAAGUCGCAGGAAUCGCUCAGCGCGACAGAGGAAAACGCAGGAAAGAAGAACGAAGUGAGAAGACGAGGCCCAAAGGCGCGCGAGCGAGCGGAAACAUUGAAACGCGAGGUGCCUGCGGGGGCGCUUUCGAAGGCUCUGCGAGGGCGUCCUCUGAGUUCCUCUUUUUCCCCCAGUCUCCCUCAAAGCUGGCACAGGCCUGUGCGUCCUCUGCUCUCUCUGCUUUUCGAGGGACAACGGUCUCUGAACGCAGUUUGGGCUUCGAUCGUCCUUCCGCGAAUCCUGCUCGGAUCUCUGCCUCGUCUGCGCCAAGCUUGAUGGCUUCACCGUCUUCCGCGGCUACCCCGCCCGCUUCGUCUAAGGCUUUAGCUGCGUCCUCCUCUUUGCGUUCUCGCCUCUCUCCGCGCGGGUCUUUUUCAACGCCCGACUUCCCUGCUUCGAGCGUCGCAUUUUCUUCGUUUUCGCUCUCUUCUCUUCCGUCAUCGAGAUUCGACGGUCCCAGCGCCACUUGGCACGCAGCGGAACAGGGCCCCUGUGCGACGGCCUCUGCGUGGUGUCGACAGGAGACAGCGAAGCCCUCAGAGACUGGAGAAACGCCCAGCGAAACGCUGGUUACUCCGCUCGAUGAUUGCCACGCUCCCCAGGGAACGAAGGCGAUGGCCUCUGCGCUCUGCGUCGCACAUGAUCUUCCUCCGUGCCUCUCUUCCUCUUCUCCUCAUGCGCCUGAAACGCGUCCUCAUCCCGCCCUUCAUCGACCGACUCUUCUUCUCUCUUCGCCUUCCCCUCUGUCGCGGACGCCUGGCAACGAACCUCUUUUCCGCGCGGACGCUUUGGCUGAGAGAACGCGGGCGUCGCCUCUCUCGAGGGCUCCCUUUGCGUCUUCUGGCUCUGCCGCAGCUUCUUCCUUUUCUGCAGAGGCGACAAAGGCCCCCCUGCUUGCGGCUGAAUGCGCCGGGCGACUUGCCUCGCCUCCCCCGACCCCUUCUGCCCUCGUUGGGAGGACAGACGCAGUCCGCAGUGGUCUCUCUGCUCGUCGUGACGUUCGACUCGGCUCGUUUCCUCAUCCCACGGGGCGCCUGGAGAACGAAGAAAUCGCGCCGCUCUCUCCGCGCGGCGCGCGUCCUCAGGCUCUCGGGCUCUCGGUUCUGUUGCGGCUGCCUCCUGCGUCUUCGCUGUCUUCCGCGUCCUCGCCGGCGUCUGCCUCUCUUGGAGGGCUGCGCAGCGAGGAGGGCGGCAGCGCACGCGCCUCCUCUGCAGUCAGCGCAGUCCACCGCAUCCCUCUCAGAACGAAGCCGGCUGCGAAGCGACACGCGGAGCUCGCUCUGGGAGAGACGCCGUUGCCUCGUGAGUGCGGCACGCAUGGCGGAGGCCAAAGAGAAAGCCCCGCGCCUUCUCGCGCCACGGUUGUCCUCUGCCGCCGAGAAUCCGCUCCUACUCAGGAGUCCAAGCGCCUCUGUGGAGACGCCACGAUCUCCUGGGGGUCGCAUGCCGCUCCCGCCGGCGUAGACUCUUCGUCCGCGAGUCCCCCUUCUGAGGCCCCUGGUGCGUUUGGGUCUUUCAAGGCGUCUGCGUCUCCGCCGCCGGCCUCAGCCUCUCCCUCUGCGUCGUGUUCUCCCGCUUCCACUCUGGCUUCUGCGCAGCCCUACGUCUCGUCCUGUCCUUCACUUUGCGUUUGUCCCCCCUCCUCUCCCUUCUCGGGAGACGCAACCAGCGCAUGCAGCCGACGCCCUGAACUGCGGAGAGAAGAGGUCUCCCAGAGGUGGAACGACCGCCCCUCUGAAUCGAUUUCCGCGGAGACCGAGAGCCACGUCGCCCCGGCGGAAGCGCGCGAACCCGAACGCCGGCGGGGAGAAAGCAAAACAGGCGCUCUCUCAGCAGCACGGAGGCCACAGUGCAUGCCGCGCGUAGACCUCGCUGGCGAGGCUGGCGGCUCGAUGCCCCUGGAAAAAGAGAUUCACGCGGACGAACCCAGACAGGAGCAACGGCCGCGAGGGUCAGAGAACGUUGAGUUCCCUUUCAAGCUGCGCCAAAGCGUUCCAGACGUGUUUAGCGUGUCUGGAAGGCUCAGGCACCACAACGCGACACACACGACAGAUCCGGAGGCAGCGACGCGGGCAAAAAGAUAUCCUCAUGCUGAGGAGAAACGACACACUCCUGCGUGCGUGACCGCCGUUGCCGCGGGUCUCCUUGCGAGCGAGCGAGAGAGCGGCGAAGACGACGCAAAGACAAGAUCUAUCCACGAGGUUCGCAGGCAUGGAGAACCAGAGGGCUCGCUGCGUCAGAUCGACUCCCAGCGAAGAGGCGCAUCUGCUUCGCGGCGCCUCUCGACAUGCGCUCAGCGCGGAAGUGACGUUGGGCGAACCCAGGCCUCGGCACGAAAGCGCUCGAGCAAUUCUUGCUCAGGCCACAGCGGCGAGCAAAGAAAACGGUCCGAGCGGAGGGACGCGAACAAAGAAGAGAAAAUCCGAAGAAGGAAGAGGCUACUUCAAGCUGCGUGA